GGACUCUAAUUGGGUCUAUGUACGAAGCCCAUCUUUACCGAAUUUGGAUCAAGCUUUCUUACUCUGAAGCAGCCGCCGGUAAAGCUUAUCCUAACUGUCAAGCUAUACCUUGCGAUCAAUUUGAGGUUGCGUUUCAAGCGGUGGAGCUUUGGAUCUCAGUUCGUACUGUUUUACCGGUGGAAAACUCUCUCGGCGGUUCUAUUCACCGGAAUUACGAUCUUCUCCUCCGUCAUCGUCUUCACAUAGUCGGGGAAGUUGUUGAAGCUAAUGAUGAGGCUCCUUCGAUGUCGUAUCACAAGACUAGUAUCGACUUUGCGCACGAGAAAGGAACCAGCGUGCUUUUCAAAGUGCUCUCUGCUUUCGCCUUUAGGGGGGACAUUAGUUUGACGAAGAUCGAAUCAAGGCCGAAUCACAACUGUCCGAUCAGGCUCGUCGAUGAUGCAAAUGUCGGGAGCAUUUUGAGUUACAAGUUUUACGUCAACUUCGAGGUCUCGAUGGCAGAGGCGCGUGCUCAGAACGCGCUUACCGAGGUUCAAGAGUUUACAUCGUCGUUCUUGCGGGUGCUGGGGAGUUAUCCCCUGGAUAUGACUCCUUGGUCACCAUCAAGAAGGUUUGGGGACAAUCAUUCAUUAUAGUUCCCUGGUUGGUAAAAUGCAAAAUGUCUAGUCUUUUUAAACUAUAAGAAAAGUUGUUAUAAAUUUAAAUGCGUCUGCCGGGAGUCGAACCCGGUUCUAUUGCUUGGAAGGCAAUUAUCCUAACCGCUGGACUACAGACGCGUUUUUGUUUAAAUUUACACCUCGUAGAUUUUAUAUACGCUUUGGGAGUGGAGGUCAAAGUGAAAAGGA